UGCUUUUCAGCAGAGUCACACAGACCGGAGCAGCUUCAGUGGAACGCUGGGUGCCGUACAUCAGCAUUCCUCAUACGCAUUACUGUGGUCAUCUGCUUGUUUAAGGCUGUCGUCUCUGAGAGGCAGACAUGGCUGAGGAUGACGUGACUCAAGAGCAGCUAGAAGCCAUUGCCGCAGAAAAUGAGGAGGCUGACAUUGUGAGUUACAAGCCACCUGCUCAAAAAACCCUGAAAGAGAUUCACGAGCUGGAUAAAGAUGAUGAGAGCCUACGCAAGUAUAAGGAGUCCCUGCUCGGGUGUCCCCCUGCUCAGGACGAUUCCUCUGCGCCAAAUGUCACUCUGACUCGGUUGGCUCUGAUCUGUGAAAGUGCACCAAAUCCUCUGGGCUUUGAUCUGCAAGGAGAUGUGGAAAAACUAAAGGACGAGUCGAUUGUUCUGAAGGAAGGAGUUGAAUACAGAAUAAAGAUCAACUUUAAGGUGAACAAGGAGAUUGUUUCUGGUCUGCGGUAUUUACAGCAAACCACCAGGAAAGGAGUGAGGGUUGAUAACUCAAAGUACAUGGUAGGCAGUUAUGGGCCGCGUGACAGUGAAUAUGAAUACUUGACCCCGGUGGAAGAAGCUCCUAAAGGCCGUCUUGCCCGUGGAACCUACAUGAUCAAAUCCAAGUUUACUGAUGACGAUGAUCACGAUCAUUUGUCCUGGACGUGGAACCUCAAAAUCACAAAAGACUGGAACUAAAAGAGGCCUUUGUGUUUGUGAGGCGGGUAAGGGUAGUGAUUCCCCCGCCUCCUACAUUCCUCACCACAUCCCUGUCCAUCACACUUUCUUUGAUUCCCAUCAUGCCUUCUCGCUGUCCUAAAUUCUGGCAUCAUUCCCUCUGUCAGCAUCAGAUUCCCAUCCGUCCAUCGUCCCGCUUCCUUUGCUCUCAUUGGUUGCACACGUGUCUCCUUCCAUUCACCAACCUGCAUGCCGUUUUUACUCAAGACACACACUGAGCUGUGCCAUGUAGCACCUUACUCCCUCACUCCACGUGCUUUCCUUUGUCCUGGCUUUGUGCUGCUUGAAGAGAUUAGUUGCGCCUCCCACCUAUCCAGAAUGUCUUCCCCUCUCAGUAUGAAGUACACGUGGAAAAGCAACUGUACAAUCAGCCUUUGUAACUUGUCAUGUGACAAUAUUCACGUCACUCUUAUUAACUAGCUGCUGUGGUUGUUGUGUACCCCACCGCAUCCACCUACCUACACUACGUUUCUGUUUCUUGCUGUUGAUUGAUAUUUACCACGAUCUGCCUUGUCAAAACAGUUCAGAGCUGCUCCCUUCUCUAAAUGUACUCACCCAGUCGCUGUAAGUGCAGACAUGGGGCCAAACACAUAAAAAUUGCCUUAUGUAUUGACUGGUGGGUGUCUGGUUGUUUUGUGUGGACAGCAGUGCCACAGAAUCGAUAUGCCUUUGAGCGAAUCAGGGUCUUACAGUGGAUUCAAACCAAAACCAUCACAUAGUCCUGGUGGAAUCCAGAGUGCUAUUCCCCCCCCCCCCCCCCCCCCCCCAAAAAAAAAAAUUAGCAUUCCUGCAGCGACUCAUUACUGAAUGUUGAGAAAUGGAUUGUACUUACUGCUAUCUUGUAGCCAUCAGGCCUUACUGCUGACUAAAAGUCAUUUAGAGUAAAAUGUUAAUCAACAUUGAUAUUUCUCUUUCAUUCCCCUUUGCCUUAAUCUGCAUUGUCCCUCCGUAAUGUACCCUUGCACAGUCAGAUCGCUUCAUGAGUCAUAUUCCACAGUCGUGGAAAUUCACGUUGUGGGCUAGUGGAGUAGAAGCAGAAAGCACAGGUGGCAGUCUGAUCCCAGACACUUCCACGGUGCCUGGUCUCCACCAUAACCACGGGCUGGUAGUGUGAUCACCUCAAACCAGCGGUAGCCUUUACCCAGAGACCCACGCAAAAAAAUAAAAUGAGGGCCAUCUCGCGGUGCAACAGAUGAGCAUUUGCUCUUUAGUGACAGUUUCUAAAAAUGCAUGAAGUUGAAAUCAACUUGUACUGUAGCAGAACUUACGGAUAUUAACCACACCACGAUAAUGAAAGCGAUGUAUUCCUGUUCCAUGCAUUCCGUACACUGUACAGUUUCUAUGAAAACACUGGCAUGCUGGUGGGGUUGUAUAUUCAUUUAUGAUUGCUGUUCAUCAAUAAACAUUUCACUCAAC